AUUUCUCAUAUUGCGAUGAAAAAAGGAGGUAAAUGCAAUAAUCUUAUACCCCCAGGGAGGCAAACAUAACUCCCCGAAAUUGCAUUUUCACCCUUUUGAAUCAUGAAAAUUAAGAACAAGAUCUAAUCACGAGCUUCAGAAAAAGAAACAGAAUUAUUAGAAUACCCAAUUACGCCAUGGAAUUAAAUUACAGUUUAUAUAAUAAGCAAAUCCCAAACAGAAACCAUUUUCAAUAACAUUAUUAUUGAUUUUCACUUUCGAACCUUAAAACACACGCCUGACAAACGUACUCAUUUCUGAGUCCUCAAAUCAAAUCUGAAACAAUCAAACAGAGAAAUAAAAGCGAGUGAAAUGGCUAUGGCGAGGGCAAGCUCUGGCCUCGCAUACCCGGAGCGAUUCUAUGCAGCGGCUACAUAUGCUGGAUUCGAUGGAUCUCCUGAUUCUGCUAGCAGUACCGUUUCUUCUAAAUUCCAAAGCGACACCGCUUUACUCCUGUACGCUUUGUAUCAGCAGGCUACUAUUGGACCGUGUAGUGCACCAAAACCCAGCACUUGGAAAGCUGUAGAGCUAAGCAAAUGGAAAAGCUGGCAAGGGCUUGGCAACAUGGCUUCCACAGAAGCAAUGCGCCUCUUUGUGAAGAUAUUGGAGGAAGAAGAUCCAGGUUGGUAUUCUAGAGCAUCUAAUUCUGUUCCCGAGCCUGUUGUAGACAUGCAACUGAAUCAUAACCCCAAAGUUGAAUCUAUCGUCGAGAAUGGAAACUCUUAUCCAGAGACGAAGACCAUUUCCAGUGAGAAUGGAAAUGUCAUAGAAACCCAGGAUAAAGAUGUUGUCUCAGAAGGCCUUGGUUCGGUUGCUGUCUAUGAUCAAUGGAUUACCCCUCCAAUAUCUGGUCAACGCCCAAAAGCCCGUUAUGAGCAUGGAGCAGCAGUUGUUCAAGAUAAGAUGUAUAUAUAUGGGGGAAACCACAAUGGCCGUUAUCUUAAUGAUCUACAUGUUCUAGAUUUGAGAAGUUGGAGUUGGUCAAAGGUUGAUGCUAAGGUUGAGGCUGAGUCAAAUGAAUCAAAAUCUUCACCUACAUUAACCCCUUGUGCUGGUCAUUCCUUGAUAUCUUGGGAGAAUAAGCUUCUAUCAAUUGCUGGACACACCAAGGAUCCAUCUGAAUAUAUGCAGGUGAAGGUAUUUGAUCUGCAAACUCGUACAUGGUCAACCUUAAAGACAUAUGGGAAACCACCGGUCUCACGCGGUGGGCAAUCUGUUACACUUGUUGGGACAAGCUUAGUGAUUUUUGGUGGACAAGAUGCAAAGAGAUCUCUCUUGAAUGAUUUACACAUUCUUGACCUAGAAAGCAUGACCUGGGAUGAAAUUGAUGCUGUUGGCGUACCUCCUUCUCCAAGGUCUGAUCAUGCUGCUGCAGUUCAUGCAGAGCGCUACAUUCUUAUUUUUGGCGGUGGUUCUCAUGCUACUUGUUUCAAUGAUCUGCAUGUGCUUGAUUCGAAAAAUAUGGAAUGGACAAGACCCACUCAACAAGGAAAAUUACCAAGUCCACGGGCUGGCCAUGCAGGUGUGACAGUCGGAGAGAAUUGGUUUAUUGCUGGUGGUGGUGACAACAAGAGUGGGGUCUCUGAGACUAUUGUCCUCAACAUGUCUACACUCGUCUGGUCUGUUGUAACUUCCGUUGAAGGCCGUGUUCCUCUUGCCAGUGAGGGCUUAAGUUUGAUGGUGAGCUCCUAUAAUGGUGAAGAUAUUCUUGUAUCAUUUGGGGGAUACAAUGGGCGUUACAGCAAUGAUGUAAAUGUUCUUAAACCAAGCCACAAGUCUACCCUGCAAUCAAAGAUUAUAGAGACUCCAGUGCCUGAUAGUGUUUCUGCCGUACAUAAUGCUACAAAUGCUACUAGAGAUUUGGAAUCAGAGUCUGAAGCAGGCCAAGAAGGCAAAAUAAGGGAAAUUGUUAUGGACAAUGUUGAUCCAGAGCCCAUGAAAUCUAAAGGUGAAGUCUCCAGUGAACAUCUCUUAGCAACUUUGAAGGCAGAAAAAGAAGAAUUGGAAUCAUCGCUUAGCAAGGAAAAAUUUCAAACUCUACAAUUAAAGCAGGAAUUAGCUGAAGCUGAGACUCGUAAUACUGACCUUUAUAAGGAGCUCCAAUCUGUGCGUAGCCAACUUGCUGCAGAGCAGUCUAGAUGUUUUAAAUUAGAGGUUGAUGUGGCAGAACUGAGACAAAAGCUUCAAACAAUGGAGACACUACAAAAAGAACUAGAACUCUUGCAGCGGCAAAAGGCUGCUUCUGAACAAGCUGCCUUGAAUGCAAGACAGAGGCAAGGCUCCAGCGGGGUGUGGGGUUGGCUUGCUGGAACCCCAGGCCAGAAAGAAGACGAAGCCUAAACUUGGUUGAAGCGUAUUUUUGAAGUGGUUGUCAUUAGAUUGUUUCUUAUUGAUCAAUUUUUGUAUUACUCAGCGCAGUUCUUUCCAUGAUGGAAAAUAAAAGAUAUCAAGUUCUUGUUGGCCAGAAGGAGCCGGGAUGGGGGGGUUUUGCAGGAAUAUUUACAUACUGUAGUUUAAGUCAUGUAGUUUACUAUCGGCUGUUGCUGCAAUAUUUUUUGUGCCUCCAAUUUUUACAGAGUCUUGUAUUUGAAGUGAAUAGAAUUGGAAUGAAGUAUAGGUUAUGAUUAUCAUUAUUCAAUUAGAUAUUUAUUAAUGAUUUAGCUUGAUUUCUGGACAUUUAACUUUUGUGCGAAUACAGAUUUUGUGUCUUAUAAUGGAGCUGUUUUUGGUUGUUA